CCACAACAGAAAGCGCGAGGUGUGAACAAAACUCAUUUUAGAUUAUAUUAUACUGUUUAAUGCAAAAAUUGUGACUUCGCCCGGUUUUUAAUUCGCAAAUAGUUGAAAGACACCAGGGACUAUCAGAAACUGUCAGGGUUGUCUGAGUGAAUCAUUAAAUUAAUAACUAAUAGCUUUAGCACGAUAGCAUCAUGGCCAGUCCCGCGAGCGCAAACAUGAACGCUGUCCGGGAGACUAUGGAUGUUCUCCUGGAGAUGUCAAGGCUGUUGAAUACGGGAUUGGACAUGGAGUCUCUGUCGAUAUGUGUCCGUCUCUGUGAGCAGGGGAUCAACCCCGAAGCCCUGUCAUCAGUCAUCAAAGAGCUCAGAAGAGCCUCGGACUCAUUCAAGGCUUCUGAAAACAGCAUUAGUCAAGGAUGACCAGUCUAAAUUUCAUCUAUGACCGAGUCAUCCCUGUUUGAGAAGAAAGAAAACUGCACAAUGCAUUGUAUAUAAACUUGUACAUAUGA